AAAUAGAAUGGCAAGCAAAGUUGGAUAAAAAUUUAGUGAGAGAGAUAACAAAAAAGCUUCUGUCUUCAAAAACCUUUGCUUUUAGAGUGAGAAAAACCAAGAACGCCACCACCUUCGCCUCCUCCUCCACCACAGCCACCGCCGCCGCCACCGUUAUUUCACAAUCACAUACAUUGCAAAUAAAGAAUCAUUCAAGUUCUGUUCUUUAUCUCAAGAAGGAGGCGAUCUUAUAACAAUCGAUCGCCGUUUUUUUAAAAUUUAUUGUUUGAUUUUGACGAUCGUUUGAUUCGGCUGAUAUUGAGGAUCGAUCUGAGAUUUAGAAGAAAUUUAGGAGAAUCAAGUGGAAUGUGAAUUGCAUGGGUUUAGGAUGCCAGAAUUGAGAAGCGGAGCCCGGAGAUCAAAGCGUCUUGAUGAUCUUCAGACUCUUCAGCAACCUGUUAACACAGCUGAGAACUGGAUACAGCCUGCUCAAAAUAAGACUAGAAGGAGAGUUGGUGGUAGAGGAAGAGGUGGUAAUGCUGCAGGUGUAGCUAAAGGGUCUACGCCAGCUAUCCCCACUAGGCCGACUACUGCAGGUAGAGGCCGAGGAAUUAGGUUAAUUGAUUUAGAUCCAGAACCUUGUGAAGUUGAAGCUGCAGCUCGAGGAGCUUCUGAACCUGGUUAUAAUCAAGUUGAGGUGGUGGCAGAUAAAGAUAUUGCAAUGGAAGGUGAGAGUGGUGAUAAAGCAUUGGGAGCUGAAGAAGAAGGAAGCGCGACUCCAGUUCCCGAGAGGGUGCAAGUGGGAAAUUCUCCUGUAUAUAAAACAGAAAGGAAGCUGGGUAAGGGUGGUUUUGGCCAAGUUUAUGUUGGGAAAAGGGUAAGCGGUGGUACUGAUAGAACAGGACCAGAUGCGAUUGAGGUUGCACUAAAAUUUGAGCACCGAAAUAGCAAAGGUUGCAAUUAUGGCCCUCCUUAUGAGUGGCAAGUGUAUAAUUCUCUAAAUGGAUGUUAUGGAAUUCCUUGGGUACAUUACAAGGGUCGCCAAGGGGAUUUCUACAUUCUGGUCAUGGACAUUCUUGGGCCGAGUCUUUGGGAUGUUUGGAAUUCCCUUGGCCAAUCGAUGUCACCAAAUAUGGCUGCCUGCAUUGCUGUGGAGGCAAUAUCAAUUCUUGAGAAGCUUCAUAUGAAGGGGUUUGUGCAUGGAGAUGUGAAGCCAGAGAAUUUUUUACUUGGACAACCUGGAACUGCCGAUGAGAAGAAGCUAUAUCUAAUUGAUCUUGGACUGGCAUCUAGGUGGAAAGAUCAAUCAUCUGGUCAACAUGUUGAUUAUGAUCAGAGGCCUGAUGUGUUUAGGGGAACAAUAAGAUAUGCUAGCGUUCAUGCACAUUUAGGUCGGAUUGGAAGUAGGCGGGAUGACCUUGAGUCAUUGGCAUACACUUUGAUAUUUCUUAUAAAAGGAAGGCUUCCUUGGCAGGGGUAUCAGGGGGAUAACAAGAGUUUUCUUGUUUGUAAGAAAAAAAUGGCUACUUCUCCAGACUUGAUGUGUUGUUUUUGUCCUGCCCCAUUCAAACAAUUUCUUGAAGCGGUCACAAAUAUGAAGUUUGACGAGGAACCCAAUUAUGCCAAGCUGAUUUCUUAUUUUGACAGCCUGAUUGAACCUUGCACUCCAUUAAGGCCAAUUAGAAUUGAUGGAGCUCUUAAGGUUGGACAAAAACGUGGAAGGUUACUUAUAAAUUUGGAGGAGGACGAGCAACCUAAGAAGAAAGUUCGAUUAGGCAGUCCUGCUACACAGUGGAUAUCUGUUUACAAUGCACGCCGUCCAAUGAAGCAGCGAUAUCACUAUAAUGUAGCUGAUGCAAGGCUGCGCCAGCAUGUGGACAAGGGUAAUGAAGACGGGUUAUAUAUAAGCUGUGUGGCCUCUGCAGCUAAUCUAUGGGCGUUAAUCAUGGAUGCUGGAACCGGUUUCACUUCACAGGUUUAUGAGCUGUCGGCCGUCUUCUUGCACAAGGAUUGGAUUAUGGAACAGUGGGAAAAAAAUUUCUAUAUCAGUUCAAUAGCUGGUGCGAGUAAUGGAAGUUCUUUAGUUGUCAUGUCCAAAGGAACUCCUUACACUCAACAAUCUUAUAAAGUGAGCGAAUCUUUUCCUUAUAAGUGGAUAAAUAAGAAGUGGAAAGAAGGGUUUCAUGUCACUUCCAUGACAACUGCUGGCACUCGCUGGGGUGUAGUGAUGUCCAGAAAUGCUGGAUAUUCCGAUCAGGUUGUGGAGCUCGAUUAUUUGUACCCAAGUGAAGGAAUACAUCGACGAUGGGAAAGUGGGUAUAGGAUCACAUCUAUGGCUGCUACCGCUGACCAGGCUGCCUUCAUAUUAAGCAUACCCAAAAGGAAAAUGGUUGAUGAAACUCAGGAAACUCUGCGUACCUCUGCGUUCCCGAGCACCCAUGUAAAGGAAAAAUGGUCUAAAAAUCUGUACAUAGCAUCCAUCUGCUAUGGCCGAACGGUGUGCUAAUGAAAACCGGUGUAUAUGUGGGGUGUUGCAUCACCCCCAAAAGUUUAUAGUUUGAAAUUUUGAAAGCUGAGAGAGUGUUUUCAGGAGUCAAUUGGAGGCUGUAUUGUGCAAGUCAAGAGUAUAUUGAUUGUAAAAAGGGGAAGUGGGAGAAAUAGAGAAGAAAAAAGAGAGAAUUGAAAGGUUAUGGCCCUUGAGGUAGUGGGCAAUAUGAUGUUGAAAAUAUUUAAUUAUAUAUAGUAGUACCUGCCUAUUUCCACCAA